AACCUCAUAAACCCCCAAAUCCGAAAAUGAACCGCAGAAGCUAGCAAUGGAACUCUCCAUUACGCACACUCCCAAUCCUCUUCACUGUUUCUCAUCACCACAACUCUUUCCAAACCCCAACGUUUUCACGCUAAGCGCACCUCGUCCCCGCAGAAAGCUUCGGUUCCGAGUUUCGGCCACCGCGGAGCCCGAUGGGGCGUCGUGGUCGCAGUCGCUGCGGCGUGGGUCUCAGCGGUUCUGGAUCAACUUUGGGGAAAUGGUGAAGAAAGAGACGGGUCUUGACUUCCAGAGCAGCAGCGUGAAGAACGUAGGCGAGGUUAUGAGCGGAGAUGAAUUGCGAAGGUUUGGGACUCAGUGGGUGUCUCGGUUUGUCGAUUGGAACCGGUGGGAACGCUGGAAGAAAAUCAAAGACUGGGAACCUUUGCGAAUUGGCACAUUUGUUCUUUAUAUUUUUGUUGUCACAUUUGCUUGUAGAGGAGUAUAUGUUGCUGUUCAAACACCUUUCAUAAAUCGGCAGAAAAAAGAAUUAGCAGAAGCUUACAUGGAAGUGUUAAUUCCUGAACCAUCCCCUACUAACAUCAGAAGGUAAGUCAAUCCUCCUUUAUUAUC